UCAAACAAAAGAUGGUAGAGUGAUAUACCGCUUAUGACGGUGCGAGGGGUUGACAACUGUUACCAAUGCCGACCCCCAGCUAGCGACGUAGCAAUUGUCCAUCGUGAACUAAGUGGAGAAGAUCAUUGUUGCUACACCUUGUCUGCGCUGGCCCAACGCUCGCCAAUGGAAAAGAAGAAAAAAAGUAGAGACAAGAAGAGCAGAAAGAGAAAAAAAGUUGUGGCUUUCCCAGCAACGGAUAAACGCUCUGACAAAUCCCAUUGUCCUGCGGUAACUCAUUUGGAUGGAGCCGAAGGCUCAAAAGUUAAACCCCUCAAGGCAGCCAUUUCAUCUCCUAACCAAGUCCCCGCCAAGCAAGAUGGAUUGCAAGAAGUCCGACCUGCUCCAGAGUGUUUACAGGAUGGUCCUAGGCCCCAAAAACAAGAACUGGAAGAAAUCAACAUAGCCUCUGAAGGAGAACCCAGGCGUCCCAUCUUCAUUUGCAAAGAUCUCCCAACAGAACAGAGGGGGCCCCUCAUCGAGUUGAUUAGAAAAUAUUCGGACGCUUUCGCAUGGACAUAUGAAGAAAUGCCAGGAUUAGAUAAAGAUGUUACCAUGCACCGUCUGAACGUCAUCCCCCUGGCUCGCCCAGUCAAGCAAGGAGUAAGAUUUUAUAAGCCCGAGGUGGAGCUCAACAUCAAGGACGAAGUGGUGAAGUUGCUUGGAGCAAGGUUUAUCAAACCCAUCCAACAUCCCACCUGGCUUUCUAGUAUUGUCCCAGUUAUCAAAAAGAAUGGUCAAAUUCGAGUGUGCGUCGAUUUCAGAGAUCUAAACAAAUCUUGCCCCAAAGAUGAGUUCCCAUUCCCAAACAUAGACACCUUGAUUGAUUCAGCGGCGGGUCAUCAUAUGUUCUCAUUCAUGGAUGGCUUCAGCGGCUACAACCAGAUCAAGAUGGCUCCAGAGGAUGCCCCAAAGACAGCAUUUCGCACUCCUAGAGGCAACUUUUUCUAUACUGUAAUGCCUUUCGGGCUGAAAAAUGCGGGAGCAACAUACCAGAGAGCUAUGACAGCCAUUUUUCAUGAUAUGUUGCACAAGUCCUUGGAAUGUUACAUUGAUGAUUUGGUGGUGAAAUCCAAAGAGGAGACUAGUCACCUCAAAGACCUCCAAAGAGUUUUUGAACGUUGUAAGAAAUACAGACUCAGAAUGGACCCGCUUAAGUGCGCAUUCGGAGUCACUGCCGGCAAGUUCCUUGGCUGUAUCGUUCAUCGCCAUGGGAUAGACCCCGACCCAGCAAAGGUCGCCGCCAUCAAAAAUAUGCCACGACCAAGCAGUCUAGACGAGUUGAGAACCUUCCUUGGUCGGGCAUCCUACUUGAGACGGUUUAUCCCAGCUAUGGCCAAAAUAACACAACCCUUCAAUUCAUUAUUGAAGAAGGAUGUCAGGUUCAUUUGGAAUGAGGAACACCAACAAGCAUUCGAAGGAGUGAAAUCAGCUUUAACAUCCCCUCUCUCCAUGACUCCUCCUCAGCCGGCGAGGCCCUUACUCCUCUACAUCACUUCCACGCCGAAAUCAGUCGGCGCUCUGCUCACCCAGGAAAUUGAUGGACUUGAACGGCCCGUGUACUACAUAAGCAGAGUCAUCCAAGGGGCUGAGGUCCGAUAUUCCCCCAUUGAACGACACUGUCUCGCCCUAGUGUUCGCAGCCAAAAAGCUCCGCCAUUACCUUCUUUCUUAUCCCAUCCAUCUCAUGACCAGGAGUGAUCCUAUCCGCUUUCUCCUCACUAGACCAGCGCUCUCCGGCAGGCCAGCUCGCUGGCUCUUAUCAUUAGCAGAAUACGACAUCACUUGCAAAGCUCCCAAGGCCAUCAAGAGUCAAGCGCUUACCGACCUCUUAGCUCACUUCCCUAGAGGAGAACAUGAACCGCCUUCGGACGAAUUGCCAGGUGAUGAGUUCCAAGCAGCUGAAGUAAACACCGAAGGAGAAUGGAGUUUGAGUUUCGAUGGAUCGUCCACCUCUAAAGGGGGAGGAGCUAGAAUAGUCCUUAUUUCCCCAAAUCAAACCGAAGUCAAUUUGUCAUAUAAACUGGAUUUUAAAUGCUCUAAUAACGAGGCAGAAUACGAAGCCUUGAUAUUAGGACUUAUGGCAGCACUCGACCUAGGAGUAAGUCUCCUAUGUAUCAAAGGCGACUCUAAUUUGGUGGUCAAGCAGACCAAUGGAGACUAUGCUAUCAAAGAGCCGCCUUUAGCCUCGUACAGAACCAUUAUCCAAAGGUUGACAGACAAAUUCGACAUGGUAAGGAUAGAACACGCUCCUCGCUCCAACAAUCGACACCCAGACGCCCUCGCUACCUUGGCUUCUAAAGUAGAAUUUGCGGAAGAAUCAACUAAGAUAGAAGUACUGAAGCGCUCCAUGUCGUGCUCGGUAACAACUAUUUUUCCUGAAAAAGAACCCGCCGACUGGAGAGCCCCAAUCAUCGAUGAGCUCCGCGCCCCCUCAGGUAAACUACCUUUGUGCGAAAUCAAACACUUCACAAUUUACCAAGGAGUCCUCUACUACAGAGGGCCUGGGGGUCUGCUAGCACGAUGCAUCGACUUUGCCGAAGCCAAGUCUAAGCUAGAAGGGGUUCACAAUCGUUCUUGCAGAACAGGAGACGUGAGCCUCUACAGGAGGCUACAACGACAGGGAUAUUAUUGGCCUACCAUGGCCAAAGAAGCAAACGACCUUCAGGGAAAAUGCACCAAAUGCCAGGAAUUCCCUCCAAAAGCUGAAUGCAAUUUCGCAGAAAUCACCUCCGACUGGCGUCAGGUGUAUAUAGAUUACCUCAAAAAAGCAUCAUUGCCGCCAGAUCGCUCUGCAGCUGCAAUAAUCAAGAAGCGAGCCUCGAAAUUCUUUUUGCAAGAAGGGCAACUUUUCAGGCAUGGUUUUCACGGGAAGCCUUUACGCUACUUAUCGGGAGCAGAAAUCCAUAAAGUUUUAGAACUUGCUCAUGGGUCGGAGCACCAAGGAAGAGCCAAGCUAUUCCAACAUCUUUUGCAUAUAGGUUAUUAUUGGCCCACCAUGGAAGCGGACGCCAAAAUAUAUGCCAAACGCUGCAAACCUUGUCAAGUCCAUGGUAACCUUAUUCACGCAUCAGCCACUGAUCUGCAUAGUUCGAGCUCACCAUGGCCUUUCCAUACAUGGGCUAUGGAUCUUAUUGGCCCCAUCUCUCCACCGUCAAAGGGACACAUAUGGACCGUAGCGACCACGGAGACUUACACUAAGUGGGUAGAAUCCAUCCCCCUGAAGAAGGCAACAGGAGCCGCUAUCUCCAAUUUCAUUCGAGAAUUCAUUAUAUGUCGUUUUGAUAUUCCUAGAGUAAUCCUGUCGGAUAACGGGACCCCUUUUGUCAACCGCCAAGUGGGGAAACUCUUAGUCUCCUACGACAUCACACACCAUAAAUCAACGCCUUACUACCCCCAGGGCAAUGGACAAGCUGAAGCAACCAACAAAACACUCCUUAGAAUCCUUUCAAGGACUCUCAACGAUUAUCAAAGGGACUGGGCACAUGUGCUUCCAAUGGCACUCUGGGCAUACAGAACAUCCAAAAGAAGACCAACUCAAAUGACUCCAUUUUCAUUGGUAUAUGGCACGGAAGCCAUCCUUCCAGUGGAAAUUGCCAUACCAUCAGCUCGCAUGGCCCUCCGAAGCGGAACUAGCCCGUACUCCAGGCCGUCAGAGCUGGAAGUCCUUGAUAAAAGAAGGGACAAGGCACAGACUAAUCUUAGAGUUUACCAGAGCCGUAUAGCUAAAGCUUAUGAUACUCUGGUACGUCCAAGACAGUUCCAAGAAGGUGAUUUAGUGUUGCGGGCUGCACCUCACGUCAUGAGGGGAACAUCAACUCACAAGUUCACACCCAAGUGGCAGGGUCCUUUUGUAGUAAGGGAAGUCAAUGAAAAUGGCUAUUACAGAAUUUCUGAGCCUGAUUCUCAAACCCUCUUAAGCCCCAUCAAUGUGAAAUGGUUGAAGGCUUACUAUCCUUAG